GCACGCGCACGGGCUGGCGGAGCGCGCCGAGCGGCGUGCACCGCGCGGGUGCAGCCACGAUGGAAGGAGGUGCGUACGGAGCGGGCAAAGCCGGGGGCGCCUUCGACCCCUACACCCUGGUCCGGCAGCCGCACACCAUCCUGCGCGUCGUGUCCUGGGUGUUCUCCAUCGUGGUGUUCGGCUCCAUCGUGAAUGAGGGCUACCUCAAUAGCCCCUCAGAGAGCAAGGAGUUUUGCAUCUACAACCGCAACCCUAAUGCCUGCGGCUACGGCGUGACCGUGGGCGUGCUUGCCUUCCUCACCUGCCUGCUCUACCUGGCCCUGGACGUGUACUUCCCGCAGAUCAGCAGUGUCAAGGACCGUAAGAAGGCCGUCCUGUCUGACAUCGGCGUCUCGGCCUUCUGGGCCUUCCUGUGGUUCGUGGGCUUCUGCUACCUGGCCAACCAGUGGCAGGUCUCCAAGGACAGCCCGCUGAACGAAGGGACAGACGCGGCCCGGGCUGCCAUCGCCUUCUCCUUCUUCUCCAUCUUCACGUGGGCGGGCCAGGCUGUGCUGGCCUUCCAGAGGUACCAGAUUGGCGCAGACUCGGCCCUCUUCUCCCAGGACUACAUGGACCCCAGCCAGGACUCCAGCAUGCCUUACGCCCCCUACGUGGAGCCCAGCACCGGGCCAGACCCCGCCGGCAUGGGUGGCACCUACCAGCAGCCGGCCAGCGCCUUUGAGCCCGAGCCCCAGGGCUACCAGUCACAGGGCUACUGAGCCACAGUGACCGCCUGCCCCCCGCCUGCCUGUGACCUGCCCCAGCUGCCCCCUGCUCCCCUUCACACCCGGCCCCCUUCUCCCUCCCAGGCUGCCCUACCCGGUCCCUCCAGGUGGUUCCACUGAGGUCCAGGGCAGCUCGGGUGGGAUGGGGCAGUGAGGUGUUGGGGGGGUAUCCACAUGUGUGUGCAGGUGUGUCCAGCAGGGCCCUGGGGUGUUUGCAUUCGUUCCUUGUGUCUUCGAGCGUUCGUUGAGCACCUGCUGUAUAUCAGGCCUGUGCUUGGCAUGAGUGCUGAAAGACAAAUGGCUCCUGGGAAUGGGGAAGAGGGGAUGUGGAGGAGGCCCUGCUGGCACCACGAGUAGGAGUGGAGGGAAAACUAGACCGGGAGGAUGCUGGGAAGGUUUGGCUGCAGGGUGUGAGCGCCCACAGGACACUGGGGGCUGUCACCCGCUAGGAGUGAUACAACUGCCCUGCUAGGAGUGUUGGCCUGUCUCCAUUUUAUGGCUGAGGAAACUGAGGCCUGGAGAGGUCAAGGUCACUCACCCAGGGUCAUUCAGGCAGCCAGUGAUAGAGAUGGGGCCAAGCCCAGGCCCCUGACUGCAGAGCACCUGCUGUCCCCUGGCCUUCCCACCAUCCCCCCUCCCCGAGCUGGGGGCUCCACCGCUCAGUGCUACCGUCACUCUGGGAGGGCUUGGGGACCUCAGCCCAUGAGACACCCUGAUUCUGCUGCAAGCCAGGGGCCUGCUCUUCCCCGACUGUUCCCUCAAGUGGGACAGCCCUGCCUCCAGGCCCCUCUCCCCACAUCCCGCCAGCCCCUCCCCUGGCCGCCUCCCAGGGCGGGAGAGCCAAGAGGGCGUGCCUGGCUCCCGUGUGCUGCUCCGUGCUGCGCGUAUCCCGCCAGGAGCUCCAGCACGCCUUUGUGGCCUCCUGGCGACUGAUCGCUGUCCCUGCCUCUCGGAGGGGCUCGCUAUGUCCCUGCCCGGGACCGAGUGGACAAGGAGGCCUGGAUGGGGAGCACGUCGCCCAAGGUUACAGUGAGUGAGUGGCAGGGCUGGGCUUGCUACCUGGUCUCCUUGGUCCCAGCUACCCAGCAGGUGCCCCAUUCCCUGCCCUUGUGACCUCCCAGGAAACAGAACUGAUCUGGGACACUGUGUCAUCUUCCCUCAUUUGGGGUCAGCCAGGGUCCCGGGGGCUGGGACAGCCAAGCCAAAGCCUUCCAGAAGGCCUGCCAAUGGCCGGUCUCCCUAUGGGAAGACAGGGGCUCUAGACCCAGCAAGGCCAGCCUGCAGUUGCUGUCGUGGGACAAACUGUCCUCAAGAUGAACGGUGAGAGCCCCUGGGGCGUGGAAGGCUCCGGGAGGCCACAGGCUGUAGGGGAGAGGGUGGCAGGUGUCCUCAAAGGCACAGGGAGGGUUGUGGGGGACAGGGAGGGACUCUUACACAACGUGGGCUCUCCACUGAGCCUUAAGGGUUGGGGAGGCCUUGAAGAGGGGAGAGGUGUGGGGAGACCUGGGGCCCAGCGUCCACCAGCCAGUGCCUCGGGAAGCAGGGCACUGGGAUUGCAGGCCAGCACGGUGCUGGGUGUUCCCACCACCAGCCCCCACGAGAACCCUAAGGGGCAGGUAAUAUUUGUUCACUUGCCUGUUGAUUCAGCAGUUAUGGGGCAUCUGUGCUGGGAAUAUAGAGGGUGGGGUCCCUGCCCUCAAGGAGCCGACAGCCGUCAGAGGUGAGCAUUAAGCCGACAGCUGUAUCCAGGGUCCGUUACAGGGGUGAGACGCUAUGCGAGUGCACGACGGGCUGCGGCUCCCCAAGGAGGGGCCCUGAGGAUGGGCAGCAGUUAGCUUGGCAAUGAGGGAAGGAGAGGAAAUUUCCUAGGCAGAGAAGUAGCAUCGUUGUCCCCACUUAAGGGGAAACUGAGGCUCAGCACGUGAAUUAGCGGUGGAGCAUGGAUCAGGUCUGGUCAAGUCCUCCCAAGGGGCAGCGGUGACGGGAGAGGACCCCAGGCAGCCAAGUGACAGCUGCUUGUUGCUGACUUCAGUUUUCCACAUCUGGGGAAGGGGCUCUAUCUAUGGUUCUCUCCCCCUGGGUGGCCCAAGUGGGGACAGGAUGGGGCUCUGGUAUCUGCCAGGUUGAGCAGUGGAACCGGUACCAGAGCAGCGGUUUGCGAAAAAGGUAAGGGUGGGAGUGGGUGUGUUUCUGGCAGAGAGAAGCUCUGUGCCCACAUAGGAUUCUCUGAGAAGUCCUCUCCCUCACCCACUCCCCACCAAAAACAUCCCUUGCUGAUGGGCACCAGGAGACCCCAGGGUGCUGCCCAUGUCUUCCCCUGGGCACCGACCAGCUGCUGGUGAUGCUGGGCUAGAGGGCAGGAUACCAUUUAAACUUUACCCGGUCGCUGGGUGUUUAUUACAGACUUUACCUGCCACCCCAGAAUGGGAAAACUUACAAGGCCCUGCCAGGACUGGGGGCUGCUGAAUCAUCUCACUCAGCAUUCCCCACUAGUCCUGGGGUGCUGCCCAGACAGGGUCCCGUGGUCAGGUUGUGCUGCGGCGGGGGUGAGAAACAGGAGCAGGGAUUUGCAGGGCGGGAAUUGAUUGAGACCCAGGGCUCCCGACUCCCCUGCUGAGUGGUUGGUGGGGAAGCCCUGCUCUUUCUGUUGGCUGAGGACAGCCCCCUGGGGACCCCAAGCUUAGAGCCUGUGCUCACAGGCCAGCGGUAUCCCCUUUUCCCUCCCUGCUGCCCCCCCCCCGCCUCCCCCUUGCUUCCAAGCCCUUCCUUGGAGAAGGGCACCCCUGCAGUCCGACCUUGCUGAGUUUGGGCUCCCUCCUCCCGUCAAGUGCAAGAGAGGGCCAAGGAAAACUGGGUUCCACACAAGUUUAGAGCUGCACGGACGCUUAGGGGUGGUAGAGUCUGGGCCAGGAAGACAGUGACUUGUCCAAAGUCAAGCACAGAGCCAGAGGUUCGGGAUCCAGGUCUCCUGCCUCCGAGUUGACACUCAUCCUGCUCCAUCACAGGCAUCUGGUCCACCCGGGUGUGUAACAAUUGAGGGACUAACUCCCAGGGUGCUGGCAUCUGCUCCCCACUCCACCCUUCCCUGGUGGUUCUUGAUCUUCGAAGACUGUUGGGGGUCCCAGGCUUCCCCCCACGUUACCCCUCGGGAGCCCCCAACCUUGGCCCAAGACCCCUUUGAUUCUCUAAGGAGCACAAAGGGGGAGCACCCCUCCCAAGAGUUUGUGGGAGGAUGGACUUGUCCAUCCGUCUCCCAGCGCUGCCCCUUGAUGUGACGCUCGCCAUCCCCUGGUGCCCACAACCCUUGUCUGGGUGCCCUGGCCCUUCCCGCAGCGUUACUGCCUGUGUAUAGUAUAAAUAUAUAUAUUUUCUAUAUAUAAGAUGUAUAAUAUAAGGCUCCACAAAUAUAUCUCUGUGCGUGUGUGUGUGCAGUGAAUGGCAGUCCCCAUCCUGGGCCCCCACUCUGGACUCCCCCACCACCUGGUUAAGUCUCAAGAGUGAAUCCAGUGGCCCCAUGGCACCCUCCUCUAUGACAUCCGUCCAUUUGUGGUGAACCAAGUGAAGGUGGUGACUUCUGGUGACAUAGUAAUAAAGUGAAGACUCCAAACCCACCAGUGGACUGCAGAGUGUCACGGUGUUUUUUUGGUUCUUGGUGGGUGUGGCUUGGCAUUUGCCCAUCCCCUCUGUCUCCCCUGACCUGGAACAUGCUUUAUUUGUUCAUUAAUGUUUAGUAAAAAGUAAAGUCAUUACGGAUGAAGCCAGUGCCCCUCACCUUUACAUGUGUGCAUGCACGCACACCCCAUCGCCACUCCCUUUCCUGGCCCCUUCCCCAACCACCACAGGCAGCCAAGAUUAGCUUGGCCUCAUUCCUUCCAGACCAUUCCCAUGCUCUUACGUACACAUGUUUGCAGGGUGCUGUUUUUAAGGUUAGUGGCCCUCAGCUGCCACAGGAUUUAUUCAGACUCUGGAAAGUGCCAGACACUGUGCUGGGCCCUAGGAGUUCAACACUGAACCAGGUAGACACCCCUGCCCUUGCAGAGGUGGUCUUCCAGCAGGGGAGAUGGACGUUAAACCAACGUGCAAGCAAAAAUCUCAACUGUGUGAAGUGCUGAGAGUGUCAGAAAAUGCGGUUUAGACCUGGGCCCUUCUGAGCAGAUGACCCUUAACCUGAGCUGUCUAGGAUGAGCAGGGGUUCGCUGGCAAGAAGGUGGGCUGGUGAGCAUUCUGGAGAGGAACUAAAACGCCGUCCUGUCUGGGGAAGAGCUUGAGAGUGGCGGACAACGGAGAGAAUGUGGAGGGUACUCGAGUUGCAUGGCGCAGGGUCUUGAGGCCUGCGUAGGGGUUUGGUUCAGAGUCAGUGUGUGGAACCCACUGAAGAGCGAGUGACCGUCCCAGUGUGUUCUUUAAAAAGACCACUCCGGUGGUGAGAUGGCAGUCGAGGUUGCUGCCCAGUGUUCAGACAGGAAGGUCACCAUGGCGAUGAGAAGAGUGGAAGAAGUUUGACGGAGGAGCAGAUCAGUAAAUAAUGGACUGAGUAAAGAGGGGUGAGGUAGCUGUGAGAACACCUCCCAAGUACUGGAAGUGCUGGAGGUCAGGCUGGCGGGGAGGAGCAGGUGAGCUUGGCUCUCAGUAUGGACCUGUCAGUUAUGGUGCUGGCCACGCCCACUCCCCUGCUCUCUGCAAAUUCCGCAGUAGUCCCGGCCUGGGAAAUAGCCUCUAGGCCUCUGAUUGGACAGAGGUGAACACCUGAUCCAUGGGCCGCCCCUUCACAGGCUGAUGGGUUCCAGGGCCUUGGCGCCAUGGCUGUUAUAAAGCACCGACCCCCAUCCCACCCCACGCUAUGACCAAGCCAAUCAGGUUGCUUCCCUCCGCGAUGGCGCAGAGGGACCGGUCAAUCGGGUGGGCGGAGACUCAGGAAGAGGCGCGAGUUCCAGGAGAAUGUGGAGAACCGCAGGUUUCAGCCUACCCAGGUUCUGUCCUGCUUUGCUUUAAGGAGGCCUGAACGCCGCAACUGCUCGCAAUCAGAAGAGCCCCACCACCCCUGGAAGGCCCGCCCUUGAGGGUGCUGUCCCCCCACCCCCAGCCCGGCGAGAGGAAGCGUACCCCUGGGACACAGUGGGGCUGGGCUCCAGGCCGCUAGCUUCUGCUUGACCCCGGGGCUCACCUGUAACAGCCUUUCCCCUCAGUCUUCAAGAAGAUUAAUGGAAUUGUGAUCAUAGUCACACCGUCCUCUGUUUGCACUUUCUGUCCUCGUCAUCAUUAUUCCGGUAUUCCCUCCACCCUUUACAGUUACCACUUGUCACAUAUUGCCAAAGGACUUCAAAAAUUGACAUCGAAGGACUCAGAUCUGCCAUCUGGGAUGGGGGUGGGGGAGCGAUUCAGAGGAAAGUGUCUCAGUUGGAGAAGACUGCGCCCCAAAGGGGAUGAACAGGACAUCACAGUGAAGAGUGUCAGCCUUCCAAGAUGACCAGCGCUCCACACUGUGAUGUGGGUUUUAGAAAGUUAUCACGUGGUGGCCAUUCAUUGGACUGGAGGGAAGUCUGUAAAAGCCUGAAGGUGUUGUCACAGAGGCAGGACAAUUUGCAGAAGUGUGAAAACCCUUGAAAAAAAUACUAGUUUUCAGAAUCAGGGCCGCUACAUAAUUUGCAGAGCCCAGUUCAAAAUUAAACGCAGGGCCUCUUGUUCAAAAAAGCAGUAAAAAAAAAAAAAAAAAAGUGCAGUUAAAGGUACUAAAAUAUAAAGAUUUUUUCUUUCAAAA